GCGGGGUCGUUCCAACAGCGCGGUUAUAUACCCUGUAUACCCUAUACCCAGACAGGGAAGGAUGAGGCUCUGAACGAAUUUCGUAACAUGUGGAGUGAUCCCCAGAGUAAGUGAGGAACUUUUUUUUUUUUUUUUUUUUUUUUUGAAAAGGCGACGGCCAUGAGAUAUCAUCACUGAACUGACCGGCCCCAGGUAAUUCAGAAAUGAUUUGAUUUUUUUGGUCAUCUGAUUGUACCUGGAUUUGAACGUGGGUCGGAUUCAUAUUUCAACAGGUUGUGGGUGUACCAACUGAGCUAGGCCCGUGUGUGCACAGGUACUUUUGAAUGCACAUGUUGCGUGUGUUGUGGAGAUAGAGGAGGGAGAAUGGAGGAGGGGUGUGAAAGCAGCUUUAAGCUGUUCGAGCUUGAAGACGCGCUUCUACGAAGCGGAAGAGGAAGAGGGAGGAUCGUUGAGGGAAGCGUGAGGGGCAGCGGUACGUUUCGACAGUGAGCGAAGUGAUAAUAAAAGAGCCAACGACGAACAUCGAGGGAUUUAAGUCACAGCUCAAGGCAUCAGCUGCAGGUGUGUCCCAGAGGCGCAACUGUAAACGCCGAGAGGAUGAAGAGAAAACGCCGCCGCGAAGAUGGCGAACCUCCUUCUAAGGAGAAGAGUCGAAAGACUGAUAGGGGAGGAGAAGGCCAGUCUGCAUCAGGUGAACUGCCGGCUGCCAAAAUAGGUAAGUUACAGGUUGAGCACUGCAAGGACAAUGGUAACAAGGGUACAGAGCAUUCCAAAACAGGUAAGUUGAAGGUGCCCAGGUUGGCGGACACAAAGCGGAAGAGGAAACGCGGAAAAGAAAAGGAGCACCAGAAGAAAGCACAGCGAGUCAAAUUGAAUGACGGAAGACCCGAGCCGAGCCGGGGGCAACAGUCAGGCCCAACCCUUGCCAAAUCACAAGAGGAGUACAACCCCUUUUCAAGGGUCAAGCAACAUGAAAUCGCGGAGGGAGAUACCCCGUUGACUAAUGAUCCAGCUUCGGUGCCCGUCGUGUCCGCAAACGAUCGCGUAGUCGAGGGGCCGCAAAGGGAUGCACCGGCGCUUUCGAGCGCAACCGUUCCCUCGCACAAAAGGACUGAGACUGGCAGCCUUGGAGGGCCGUCAUCUAGUGGGGUGGAUAUUAUUGCCAUCGGAAAUCGUAAUGCGUCGGAGGGUGGCAAGAAGGCUGAAGGAAGCAGCAUUGCUUUGCGGCGGCCUUCAGGGAACGGGGCAGGAACAGCAAGUGCCCGGCAUCCGGCGGCGAAGGCGCUGCCGGCUUCUGUUAAGUCUGCUGUGAAUUCAAAUUGGUUGAAGCUGAAGGCGACGCUUGUGCCGGCCAAGAGGCAAGGAGGGUGGAGGAAAAGAGGGGUAAAAGAAACGGAGGUGAACGGGGUCGGAAGUAGUGCCGUGCCGAGGAAAGAGGAAGCUGGCGCAAAGGCGGCAGAGAUGAACUCGACACAAGCCCGUGGUGCUGCCGCAGCAGCACAGGGAAGACCAACAAGUGCACUUCUGCCAGCGAACACUGGCCCCGGUGUCGGCAACGGAAAUCUCACUAAAGUAGUAGCUUUGGAUUGCGAAAUGGUUGGAAUCGGGGAGGGAGGGAGGCGGUCUGCGCCUGCACAUGUUUGUAUUGUGAAUUCGCAUGGCCUUGUGGUUUACGAGAAACAUGUUCGGGUAUUGGAGAAAGUGACAGAUUUUAAAACUUACGUGAGUGGCGUGAGGCCAAGGGACUUGAGGAAAGGUCAUGCCGAAGACUUCGAGAUUGUACGGAAGGAGGUGGCCGACUUGCUCAAGGGCCGAGUGCUGGUCGGUCAUUCUCUACGGAAUGACCUUAAGGCUCUUAUGUUGGGUCAUCCCAUGAGGUUGAUACGAGACACUCAGAAGUUUCACCGGUUUAGAGGCCGGAUGGGGCAGAAGCGAUCGCUGAAAAGCCUCGCGGAAGAACACCUGAACAUGCGCAUUCAGGCGGGGGAACACAACCCUGCCGAAGAUGCGCGAGCUGCCUUGUAUCUCUACCUCAAGUACAGGAAAGAGUGGGAACAGAGCCUGCUUGCCCAAAAGACAGGCGUCUCUGCCGUCGACGGGAUUUCUGCCAAAAGGAGCCGCAAGAUGAAGAAAACAGGGACAGACGAUAUCAUUGGUAGGACUCUGGCAAAGUCUAAAAGUUUUGGGAAAUCGCGAUCGCAUGACAAGGCAGGCAAAUGAGUCCAUAUGCCCGUAAAGAACAACAACAACAACAACAACAACAACGGCAGCAGCGAUGACGACAACAACGAUGACGACAACGACGACAGCAACGACGACGACAAUGAUGACGGCGACGAAGACAACAUCAACAGCAACAACAAUAACAACAACAAAAGAAGAUCAUAUGGUUGUGUAAUUGUGUUUUGAGAUGCUCUUUUCAGUUCAUGUGUUGUUGAUUUAAAAACAUCGUGUGAUUGGAGGUGACGAUCACCAUGUGCUCGCAAGUGGCAUUGAGGAGGUUGUGGGUUCAAUUCCCCAGACAACCGCCUGCGGCGUGCUUUGUGUGCACAGCUGAGAUAGUUGGCUUGCUCCUCCCCCCCCAUUGGUCGAUCUUGGAAGGGCCUUUGCCCUUCGUUCCUUCCAACCCUCGAUAAGGGGGAUAGACUCAACGUUAGUACUAUGUUGCGUUAGUACUAUGUUGAUUUCGAUUGGCCGGCCCCUGUUCAUAAAGAGAAAGAUAUACCGUGUGAGGUAUACUGGAGAGAAGAACAUAGCUUAGUUAAAAAAAAAAAAACAAAAAAAAAACGAUUGUUGUUCCGUUGUUCUUCGAUUGUGCCUUGUCGGUUUGUCAUCAUCGCCGUCUGCGAUUCAUUGGCUGAAAGUGCUUCAAAUUAGUGCGCAAGAG